AUGUUUUUGGAUGGAAAGUACGUCGUUCCCACUGGUGCCGGUUUACCACUUUCUCUUACAGCCACAGGAACAGCAUCGAUUAAUAUUAAAUUAUUUGGCUCACUAGCAUCAACAGGAUACUCAGCAGAUAAGGAAUUUGAACUUAACCUCACAGCUGAUAUUCAACCUACUAUAUCCGUGGAUUUGACAGGGGAAAUGUCAGUAGAUGCCUUUUUCGCUAGCACUGGAAUUAAACUUAAAACAAACUUAUACAGUGACAGCGCUGUUAAAGGAGAAAUUAAAAUUAAAGGGGCAAAACUUGUUAGUGUCAAGUUUAGUUUACCUAGAGAGAAAAAUGAAAUAUUUGUAGCUAGUUCCGAAUUGUUAGUAAAGCAAAAUGAAAAGGAAGAGCCCCAGAAAAGUUUAGCAGCAAAACGAAUAUACAACAAUUUAUGUUCUUGGCCUGUAAUUGAUCAGGCGAUAGGCCUGAAGUUGUGCACUAGCUAUGACUUUGUCAACUUAACGAAAUUAUCCAAUAUACCUUAUUUAUUGACAGCCGGACCAGCCAACUUCAGAAUAUCUCUACACAAAGCUGAUCCCACUGCUACUGUAUAUUUGUUCGAGUACAAAUGGAAACAAUCACCACACUCCAGUAUCAUAUCUAUAUCAUUUGAUACGCCAGGAUCAAAUGUAAAGAGAUUACUAUCUACCAAUAUAACCCUUGAUAAACAAACUCAAAAUAUCACUAUGCUUAUUGAAUCUGCUGCGGGUACAGUCGUGGCUUAUGGUCGAUACAAAAAUACUAAUGAUGAAAAGUCCAUACAUCUAGAACUUGAUAUUAAUAAUAUGAAGCAUUUUGAGGCUAAAGUAGCUCUAACGAGAUCUCCUCUUAGGCUAGGAUCUUCCUACAGACCCGAUGUAUAUUUAGCACUAAAUGGGGACCGAAUUUUUAGUUUUUCUGGUUAUGUGGAUACUAUGAGCAAAAAAGGAAGAUCCCAAUAUACUGUCAAUUUAAAAUUCGGAACCAAACGCUUCCGAUCUGUACUUUAUGGUUAUGUAUUAAAAGGUGACACAUCUAUUCAAGGAAGCUUAACAAAUGACUACCAAUUUGCUCAUACAAAGAAACAUAGGGUGUCAUUUAAUUUCGGUUUAGGAGAUAAAUCCCACAAGAAAAAUAUAGAAAUAUAUUCAUCAUUUUUAAGUAUACUUUCUAGUGCUUAUCCAAAUAUGAACUUGGAUGUUAAUGCAACGUUCCAUCGAAGCGAUUCUCACAAAGAUCUAAUAUUCAAAUUGUAUCAAAGUCCUUUACCUCGAAAUCAUCCUGACGCUGAAGACAAAAUGUUUAAAUUCGAAACAUUGGCAUCUCAUUCAUUCCUUGUCGAUGGUAGAAGAAAAUUAAGAGUCGAGACCUCAAUUAACCGAAAAUCCAGUAAUUUAGGCUUAAGAGGAGAAUUUACCUAUGAAACCUAUCGGUACGAUGUUAGUUCUGCUCUGGUGAUUCAGUAUGGAAAAAAUAAAGAGCUCUCGGUUACGACAUUCUGGUCGCAUCCACGCACUAAUCUCGAACAUAUAAAGACUCAUAUAAAUAUCACCAUUCCGUCUUUUACGCCCAUGAUUUUAAGACUAGAAGUAUUAGAAAAAGAACCCAAGGAUUAUAUGAUCGACAUUAAGGGUACGUGGUUCAGCGGUCAUAGCCUUAACGCUGCUGCCUCCUAUCAAGACUAUAGUGGACCUCUAUUCUCCUCUCAUCAUGUAAAGCUUCUCCUGAUGUCCCCACAUUUUAAAGAUAUCACUGCGGACAUGCAAUUUUAUCGGGACAAUGAUGCAUUGAAGUUCGACAUCAAGGUAAGCAUAGUCGGGAAGAAUACAUAUGAAAAUAUCUUUUAAUCAUCAAAAAGUUUCUACAAAUUAUACAAAAUCUGAAGAAACGAAUUGGUUACGAGACAUUGUAUUUUCGGCAUACGUAAACAAUAAAGCUAAUGACAAAACCAUAGAAAUUAAAAUGGAUUGGGAUUUGAACAGAGAUGCCAGUCAGAAAAUUAUGAUAAUUGCCAACUAUAAGAAAAAUGCCGCUUUCGACUAUAUUGCGAACUUUACUAUUACUUACCCAGGUCGAGGUAUUAGAGGGGAUUAUAAAUUUUUAAUAGAUAACAAACACUUAAAUACAUUGAUAAGUGUCUCUUGGGAUGUCGAGAAAAUAUUUGCUAUUAAUUUGGAUGUCUUGUACGAAUAUAACAGAAAGCUCUACUUAGAAAUUAGUUCAGAGUUAAAAACUCCAUUUGAUAAUUGGAGAGUAACGCAACUAAAAGGAAGGUUUGAACAUUUGAAUAAUCUAUAUGAUUUACAUGGAGUAGUGUCCUGGGAAAGAAGACAAAGAGUAGACGUUAGUAUUUUCGGCGACUAUACAUCACUAGAUAAAUAUUUUACCUGUACCUACAGUGUUGCUGUGGUCAGUUCGAUUGAUAGGGUUCCCAAUAUUAAUACAACCAUUAGUCAUAUGCAGAAUGGAACACAGUUCAAUACGGAUUUAAACCUUAUGUAUAAUCCUGACUUUGUGAUCGGCUUCGACAGCAAAUGGAAAAUAGAAAAAGGCAAUGAUUACACAAAUCUAACGGGAACAGUUAUUUCCCAAACACCAUUUAAAGCCUUUAAAAAUGGUUUUCUCGUGAGUAAAUUUAUGAUAAAAGACCAAAAGUCUAUUCGUGGAGGUGCAGAACUAGUUCUUGAUCAUAACCAUAUUGAUUUUAAUGUUGAUGGAAAAUUUGAAAGAAUUACCAAUUGUUUUUUGAUAGUUAAUGCUACUUCCGCUAGAGAAGAUUAUCAGCUGCGACUAAUCAGUUCCUUAGCAAAUAGGCAUUUUGUAGCGAUGGUUACAUACCCCAGCGGCGGUUUGGGCGUAGAGGUUCUAGUUUCUGUAACUAGUAUUACCAAUUUUGAUGUAAAGUUACACCUUGCAACACCGAUAGAAUUUUUGCAGGAUGUGGUAUUGGUAACCAAACUUCAGCCUGAAGGGGCAGAUUUUCGAGUCGGAUGGAAUUUUCUAUUGCUUGGAUUCUCUGGAGUCUGGCAUUAUGGUAAUGUUACAGACUUCGACUACUCCUACAAGAUUUACACUCCAAUCGAAGGUUUUGAAGAAAACGGUAUCGUCGGCAAACUCAUACUCAAAGAAGGCUUAGACUUUGAAAUUUCCAUUAAGUUUUCUUACUAUAAGAUCGGUGUGAAGCUGCUGGGUCAAUCGAAACCCAAACCUCUUAAGGAAUUAGGUAUUAAGUUGAAUAAUGUCUACAAGCGAUCAAAACAAGCACAAACAGAAGAAAAAGAUUACGAUGAUCCACUCAGUUGGAAGGGUUUAAUAGAAGUGGAUGUCAUAAUUUACCCCACAAUGAAAGGUGAACUGGAGAUUGACGAAAAAGGAACGACUUAUAUUAUAAAAUCUCAGCUGAAAACUCCGCAGGGAUUUAUUGAUAUUUUCGAUGAGUUUGAUUUUAUUGAUAUUAUGGCAUUCAAAAAUGAUCUGGAAGUAAAAACACCAUUUCCAACUUUAAAAACCAUCAACUCCGCCUUUGAGUUGAAUAUACAAACUGGACAUAAAUAUUUCUUUACUUUUUCUUUCGACUAUCAGAAUAAAAGUCAGUUAGUAGAGACUGGAGUGUACGCAAAAUAUAUAGUGGAAACAAGGGACGUGGUCCCAGGAAUAGGAGCUCAAGAAAGGACAUAUAACGUAACCCUAAAAGUUAAUACCCCAUUUAAAGCUUUGCCAAAGUUGAAUUUGUUUGGUGCUUUGGAAACUGAGGAGAAUUUUUAUCACGCAAAGCUAUUACUCAACACAAAUAGGAGUGAUAUAUCAGUGGACGCUACUACUGAGAUUGACAACGGUCGGUUGGAGUUUACAUCUCUCUUCCAUGUCACAACUCCGUCCAUUAACAUUCCAUCUUGUGAAUUAAGACUGACAAAAUUAUUCUCAGAAGCAAAUAAUUACGUUGAUGUUAAUGUAAAGAUGCCGCAGAAACUGACAAGUGAUAUAUAUUCUCGAAUAUCUUGGCUGAUACGAUCUGGGAACGAAUUCCGUGGGAUGGUCCAAUUGGAAACUCCAUUCUCUGGUCUGGAAAAUACAAAAGCAGGUUUAGACGUAUUCCUUUCAGAUUUAAGAUCGACGGUUCAAGUCAUGACCCAGAUUAAUCCCAUAGAAGUUGAGUUAAAUGCGACAUUGAAUAACAAUUUACUUCUGGCUUAUUCCCAGCUUGGCUUCAAUGGUGAUAAAAUUCCAAUAACCGUCAACUGCUCAAUUCUCGCACCGUCGAGAGAUAGAAGAGAUUUUAAAGGCAGUCUUCAGUUAAGAGAGAAACUGUUCAAAAUAACAGGAAAUGCCGAUUUGAUGGGCCGGUUACCUUCAGCUGUUUCCGUGAAAUUUACUCCUGAGGACAAUAGCCCUUCCGUAACUUUUGAAUACCGAAUUAACUCAACAACACUCAACAGAUAUGAACUAUUAGGAAGUAUACAACAUUCGCAUAGAUUUACCAGGUUUAAUGCCAAUUUAAGCACUACGGAUGAUAAACACCAUUAUCAAAUCGAUCUAAAGAUGGAUACAUCCAACAACGACACCUUUAUUGUUCGUGGGAUUACCACUUUAGGUGAUAAAAAAUCUGUCCUGAACAUCGAAGCUGAAACGCCUAUAAUGAAAAUGGAACGUCCCAAAUUCGGUGCUAUCUAUACAUAUAACGGACUACAGCGAGACAUUGAUGGAUUCUUCGAAUUAACCGAUGCCAAAGGAAACGUUAAACUCAACUUUAUUUGGCUUUACAUGGAAAAUAUGCUAGUUCGAAUAAUUGGCUCCUUCGAAAAUAGGCAAUACUCAAGCCAAUCAUCGAUAGAAGGCUUUUAUAAAAAUCCAGAAAAAUCAUUCCAGCUUCUAAAGGGAGGAGGUGAUAUUAAAUUCGAUAGAAUAUGGGAAUCUGGAUACAAUAUCACUUUACGUCUUCCACAUAGUAAUUAUAAAGGCAUGGAAAGCCAUAUAAAGCUGCCAAAUGAACAUAAAGAAACCUACAGUUUGUGGUCUAAUGUAGAUUAUAAAACAGGAUUUAAAUUCGUAGAAUAUUUUAUCAAAUACAGAACCAGUCAUUCACAACUGAAGUAUGGAUCGUCUGGACAGAUUUCCACUGAAGACAAACAGAACUUAUCAGGAAACAUCGAAGUGGAAUGGAAUGGAGAACUCAUCAAUAACUUUGCGAAUCUGAGGAGAUCUGAAGAAACAUUAGACUUAAUUUACAAAUUAAAAACUCCCAAAUUUAUUGACAGGCAACUGCUGGUAACGGAAAUUAAGUAUAAAUCUUUAGGCGAUCACCAUAAUUUAACAUUUGAAGCAUUCUCUCCCGAAGAUCGAUCUGUUGCAUAUGGCACUGUGGAUUAUAAAGAAUUGGCCAAUAUGAACGGAAUACUGAAACUCACCCUGCCCCGUAAGCCCUUCAAUAACUCUGGAGCCUCCUUCAGCACAAAAACCAAUGCCAACACGUACAAUCGAUACAUCAAGCUAUUUUGGGAUGAUGAUAAUGCACUUUUAGACAGCAAGUGUAACAUUCAAACAGGUUCUACUUUACUGGAUCGACACACGAAGGGUAAAUUAAUUAUUGAAUUACCCCUGUCUACAAGACAUAUUGCGUUGGUUGACUAUGAUUAUUCUGAAAGAACAAAAGCCAGCGUAGGUGCGGCAACGGUCAAAUAUAAUGGAGACAAAGUCCUGGAGGGAAAAUAUAACCGCUUGUCGGAAUCCCAGGCGGGUAAGGAUAAGGACACGGUCCAUGUGGAACUCCAAAAUGAUCUGGUGCCUGUUGGUGCGGAUUAUAUCUACAAACACAAUUACGGAAUGCCAAAUGAAUCGACUAGGCAAAAUCGUGCAAUUCAUCUCUACAAUUUGUCAGAUCGAAGCAAAUUUAAUGUAAGCGGAGAAUUGGAUGUACUAACAAAGUGGAACGGUCAAGAAUACUUUCUAACUGCUGUCCACUCCAAAAGAAUUGUUAAAGUCUGGACGGACUAUGAGUCUCAGGAUAAAGGGUACAAGCAGCAUUCACGACUGGAAUUAAGUCCCACACACUGGAUCGAAUACAAUCUCAAUGUUUUCAACAAGAGUCUGGAUGAAACGUUUGAUGCUCAGAAAGUUGUCAUUAACGUGAUAUACCCCCGGCGCAGCUUCACGGCUCAGGGUUUCUACAAUAUAAGUGAUUCAAUUGUAUCAACUGACGUGUCUCUGGUGUAUGACAAGGACAAUAAAACAGUUCAAGCGGGACUGGAUUGGAGACGUGCCUCGCUUCAUCGCGAACAAUUAUUACUUCAAAUUAAGCAUCCUUCUUUUGAAAGGGACAUCACAAUGACUAGCGAGUAUGGAUACGAUAACUCUUCAAUCGAUGGCCAAUUGUUGGUGGUAUAUUCAUUAAAUCCAGAUCAAAAGCUGACUCUAUGCGGAAAAGUAAACGAUAAUUCUAACUCAGUGACCUAUAACUACACGUACAAUGUUUGGGCCGAACACAUUGCGACAAAUUUAAAUUUAAAUUCGACGGGCGAUUUUUACUGGAAUCCCAAUGCUUUGGGCACCGAACAUAUAACGAAUUACCAGCGAUCAUAUUUACCUUCAUCUGUAUCGGAAACGCUGGCCAGAAUUAACCUACAAAACAACGAAAUUGAAUUGAAGAGAGAUAACAUUGCUAGCGGAAAAUCCUAUUUCUGGGGAAGGUACAAUGGAGAAUAUCCUGUUUAUACUGCAAACAUGUCAGCCAUAUACGAUACUAAUGACACGAAAGGGGAGUUUUACAUUAAUUUCAAGAAGAAGUUGCUUUACCUAAACCUCAACAUGUCAGAAGAUGGAACCCAGAGUCUGCACAGUUAUGGGGUGAUUCCAGACGCCAGAAGUGCACUUUUUGAUGUUUGGCGCGACUAUGACGAUAGGAGAAUUUCUGAUGUAGCGUAUUACCUACGUCUUAAUCAUUCUAGACUGAUAACGUCAAGUUUGAAAUGGAGACCUGAGCUUAUCUCCGAUGUAACGAGUGGAAUAAGAGGAAGCCUAAGACGAUUUUACCAGGAUACACUCGAAUCAAUUAAUAAUACCAAACAGUACGUUAAAGCUGAAACUAUCGACGCUAUUAUUGGUAUCUGGACCGACUCUAAACCAUUCAUGCAAGAUUUUCAUAGAGAUCUACGCAACUUAUCUAUCAUAGAAGAUGAUAUUGAAGAACUCAAAGCUUUUCUAAAUAAUUCAUACUAUGCUAACGACUUUUAUGUCAAAAACCUUAUCGGUGUUGUCAUCACAGUUUUUGACGACUUAGCCAUUAAAUCUAAAUUGCAGUCGUUGCCAAAAAUUGUUCAAGAAAUUUGGACGGUAAUGGGGGACUCUGGACAUAAAAUUAAAAAGAGCAUUAUUUGGGUCUAUGAGAAAAUUAAAACUUAUUAUAAAAACGUAACCGAUUUUAUUCAUGGACUACUUAAUGGAGAUCCCAUUGAAAGCAUUACUAUAGGUCUAGACAAAUUAGUUGAGAAAUACGAUACUUUUAUAAAGAAUCUUCAUGUUACAAUAAUACAAUACAUGGAGAAUUUGUGGUCCCAAAUGUACACUCUUGUUGUGGAAUAUUGGCAUAAAACAUUAGCUAGUAUAGAACCAACGUUUUUAAAAUUCAUUCAUUACCUAGAAUCUAUCGCUUGGAAUACAGGAAGGGAAUUUUUAGAUUUCUUAUAUAUGAGAAAAAAUGAAAUCAUAGAAUCUCCAUAUUUCCUACGAUUCACCAAGUUCUCUCAAGAUAUAGAUAAGUUUUAUAAAGAUAUAACUGGUCCCAACACAUUUGCCAGUUUAUAUAAAUAUGCACAAGUAGGUUGGAAUUUCUUGAAGGAGAAAUACUUAACAGUAAUUCCAUUUGGUAAAGAAACGAUGGAUGUUAUAAAUGAAAUCUUUGAAGAGCUACAACAAAUAGCUGAAAUACCAUCCGUUAAAUUCCUUAUUGCGAAAGGUUGGGAAGCCUACGACUAUUUUAAAUAUUAUUACGAAUAUUUUGACAUGGAAACGAAACUUCAUAGUCUUCUUCGCACUAUUUAUUUCAAGAUUUCUGAUUUAUCCACAACAGCUUUGGAAAUUGAAAAUAGACAACGAGUACCAAAAACUAAAUUCAUUUUCGAACCAAAUGAUGGAAUUAUGUUACUGGAACAGAAGUUACCCAUGUCGUGGCACUCAUUCAACGAUACACCCAAAUUCAAGGAAAUUCCAGAAAUAAAAAAGAUUUUCGAUAUUCAGACCUACUUAGAAGAAACUGAACUGUCAUUUUGGAACUUGUACUACGAUUAUAAACCAUAUACCGACCCUCACGAUUGGCUGCCACCAUUUAAAGGUCAUGCGAUGAUUGUAGGAUCCAAGUACUAUGUAACAUUUGACAAAAAGUACUAUGAGUUUCGUGGAAAAUGUACCUAUUUGCUAGCAACCGAUUUCAUCGAUAAGAACUUUACGGUUCUUGUAUCUUAUGAUAACCUAGGAAGAAGUAAUGAGUUGAUAUUACUAGUAGGAAAGGAAGUAGUCAGAAUCAAUAUGUUAACCCAAAAAGUUCUUGUUGGAGAAUCUAAAAUGGAGCGUCUACCGAUGCAAAUUGGAGAAACAUAUCUUUACAAAGACUCAGGAAUAUUCAAAGCAGAAAGUCAGUUAGGAUUUAUUUUGGAGUGUAAUAUGAAGUUUCAUACCUGCAUGUUUGAAAUGUCGGGUUGGUAUUUUGGAAAAACAGCCGGUCUUUGGGGAACUUACAACAACGAGCCAACAGACGACUUUUUAACCUCAAACAAAACUCGAGUCACUAAUUCAGCUUUAAAGAUUUUCGGGGAUAGUUGGUCCCUAGACAAAAAUUGCAAGAACGACAUUCCGGCGCAAAAAGGGAGUAGAAAACAGCCGCUCAAGGAAAUAUUGGCUCUUUGUGAGGAAUUUUUCACGAGUAAAGUAUCUCAACUUAGCACAUGUUUUUCACGAAUACCAAAGGACAGUUUCCUCUAUAUGUGCCUGAAUAGUACAACAGAACAAGAGGCUUGCAUGUCAGCCGUAUCUUACAUUAACCUAUGUUCAUAUGCAAAUACACCGUUGAGGAUACCAGACACGUGUGUAAAGUGUAAUUUACUAAAUGGCACGCAGAUACAAGAAGGUGACUUCAUUCGAUUACAGGGAAGCGAUGUUCCACAAAGUGCAGAUAUCGUUUUUAUAAUCGAAGCGAAAAUGUGUAAUAAAGAUUUGAAAAAAUCAAGAAACUUCGACUUGCUUGUCGAGCUUAUUGAGAAGGAAUUGGACGACUUAAAGAUUAGAAAUAACAGUUACGCCAUUGUCAGUUUUGGUGGAGAUGGAGUAUUUGAGGAACCACGAAGUAUCGUUGUCAAUGGAAAAACAUUCACUGAUGCUAAAUCUAUAUUGACUUAUUUCGAUCAAAUUCAAAUAGGGCAAGGAAAUUCUGAUAUAUUCAACGGCAUUAUGUUUGCAAAUAAUCUUAUAUUCCGACCCGGAGUUUCAAGAAAUUUUGUGUUGGUGCCUUGUUCUGAAUGUAACAAGAACAAUAUGCUA